ACGCGUACGUGCGCAGCGAGUCUAGCAUGCUACGUGUCGAGUUAUGCUGGCGCAGUGACACACGUCAGGAAGUUUCUCUGCGACAUAUUUACGAGUUCUUGGUUAAUUUUUCUCCACUGUGGAUUGGGAAAAACUAACACACUGGAGAGAAAUCGGCAUAAAUUGUAAUUACAGGACGGAUUUACCGGAAAGCAGCAUCCACUAUUAGCCAGUGGUGCUGUUUGACUUGAUUACGGCCAAGACCAUGAAUACGGAUACACCUGCAGCAACCCUUCCCCCGCCCGGAUUUGGGCCCGGGCCGGGCGCCAUGGGCGACCACGCCGAGCUGCCCGUGGUAAGCAUGGACGACGAGGCCUACGAGCCGCCCACCUAUGACGAGGUGUUCCCACCCCUGGCGGCGACUGUCGCCAACGGCCAGGGCGGCAUCGCUAGCAGCAGCAGCGGAGGUGACGCGGUGCCCGGCGCCAUGGUGUCCAACAUUGGACCCAAAUCCUACGCCAAGAUGGCGGUGAAGUCUUCCAUUAUAACUCAGGUUUUCUAUGUGCCUUUGGAGGAGCGUCGUUACAAAGAGAUGAAUCAAGGCUUUGGAGAGAGUGAUUCUCAGUCGGGCAGAAUCUGUGCUGAGAUCAUGAAGAACACAGGAGCUUCAAUUGAGAUGAGUUUAGCCAAGGACCAGAGCUUGACCAUCGUGGUGACCGGCAAGCAGGAGUCUGUCAUGGCGGCUCGCAGGGAGGUUCUCAACAAACUCCAGACGCAGGCCAACGUGAACAUCCCCAUCCCGAAAGAGCAUCACCGCUUCAUCAUCGGCAAGGGUGGCAGCAAGCUGAGGGAGCUGGAGAACAUGACCGCCACCAAGAUUAACAUCCCCAACCCCAGUGACCCCUCUGAUCUGAUCCACAUUGUGGGGCCCAGGGAAGGGAUCGAGGCGGCUCGCCACGAGAUCCAGCUCAUCUCGGAGGAGCAGGCCAAGCUCGCCUUUGAGCGUCUGACCAUCCCGCGCAUCUACCACCCCUUCAUCAAGGAGAUCAAGGCAAGGACGGGCGCCAAGAUCCACGUGCCGCCGCAGAGUGCCAUGAAGGACGAGAUCGUGGUGUCCGGGGAGAAGGAGGCUGUCAUGGAAGCGAUUGACUGGAUCAAUGCCACGUACAAUGCAAAGAAGUCGAAGACAACAACCGUCUCCCUGGAGGUCAACAAGUGCCAGCACAAGUACGUGAUCGGUCCGCGGGGGAGCAACAUCGCUGAGAUCCUGGAGGCCACCGGUGUCUCGGUGGAGAUGCCCAACCCGGACUCGGUGUCAGAGACCAUCACGCUGCGCGGGGAGCAGCACCAGCUGGGCCAGGCCAUCACCCUCGUCUACGCCAAGGCUAACAGCGUGGUCAUCCAAGAGGUGGAUGCGCCAGCCUGGCUGCACCGCUUCAUCAUUGGACGCCAAGGGAAGAACAUCCGCAACAUCACCCAGAACCUGUCCAAUGUUCACGUGGAGUUUGCCGAGGGUCUGGACAAGAUCACCCUGGAGGGGCCCCCUGAUCAGGUGGAAGAGGCACGGCGGGCCCUGGAGGAGAUCUCCCGUGACCUCCAGAGCCGACUGGACUUCGCCAUUGUCAAGAUCGACCCCAAGUUCCACAAGCACAUCAUCGGCAAGUCAGGAGCAAACGUGAACCGCAUCAAGAAGGAGACAGGCGUGUCCAUCCGCAUUCCAACAGACCUGGAGAGGAGCAACGAGAUCCGCGUUGAGGGCAGCCCUGAGGGCGUGCGCCAGGCCAAGAACGAACUGAUGGAGUUGGCCACUCGCAUGGAGAACGAGAAGACUCGGGACAUCCUGAUUGAGCAUCGAUUCCACCGGACAAUCAUUGGCACCAAGGGCGAGAACAUCAAGGACAUUAGAGACAAGUACAAUCAGGUCCAGAUCACAUUCCCUGAUCCCGGCAUGAAGUCGGAUGUGGUUACCUUGCGCGGCCCCAAGCAGGACGUGGACAAGUGCUACAAGUUCCUGCACCAGCUGGCUCUGGAGCUAGUGGCCAACAACUACCAACUGAACGUGCCCAUCUAUAAGAAGUUCCACAAGAAUGUCAUUGGCAAGGGAGGGGCCACCAUCAACAAGAUCAAGGAGGAGACGGACACACGUAUUGAAAUACCAACCGAGAGCAGCGACAGCGACAUGAUUCAGAUCACCGGCAAAAAGAAGAACGUGGAGAAGGCCAAAGCGCAGAUUCUGGCCAUUCAGAACGAAUUGACCAAUAUCUUGGAGAUUGAAGUCAGCAUCCCGGCCAAGUUCCAUCAGUCCCUGAUUGGCGCCAAGGGGCGCUUGGUGCGCGCCAUCAUGGAUGAGUGCGGCGGGGUGCACAUCCACUUCCCCACCGAGGGGUCCAAGAGCGACAAGGUUACCAUCCGGGGUCCCAAGGAGGAGGUGGAGAAAGCCAAGGAGAGGCUGAUCGAGCUCGCCAACGAGAAGGAGCAGGCCAACUACUCCGUGGAGGUGCACGCCAAGCCCGAGUACUAUAAGUUCCUGAUCGGCCGCAAUGGCGCCAACAUCCGGCAGGUGCGGGAGGAGACAGGGGCCCGGGUGGUGUUCCCCACUGCCAAGGACGAAGACAAGACGCUCAUCACCAUCAUCGGUACCAAGGAGAGCACGGAGAAGGCCAAGCAGAAGCUGACAGGUCUCAUCAAGGAGCUGGUUAGUAAGGCGGCCCAGGCCGUGUUAAGACCUUGCCCAGCAGGCACUUUUUAUUACCAUACCUCACACUUACGACUCAUGAUCCAGAGAAGAACGAUCACUGGUGCCGACCAUACAUACCAGAAUCGAUGCCGCCUUUUCAGAGCAAGGGGCUCCAAGAGUGACAGUGUGGUGGUCAAGGGGCCCAAGAACUGCGUAGAAGGAGCCGUGGCCCGCAUCGCUGAGAUAGUGGCUGACUUGAAAUCACAAGUCACCGUGGAGUGCUGUAUCGCCCAGAAGCAUCACUGCACCAUCAUGGGGGCCAAGGGCUCCUGCGUGCAGGCCAUCACCAGCCAGUACGAGGUGGGCAUCAAGUUCCCCGACCGCAACCCGGCAGCCGAGCACACUGAAGACGGUGACGUGGUCCUGAAUGGCGACAACAACAGCGACGUCAGUGAAGACGACAAGCCCAAGAAAUGUGACAUCAUCCUCAUCACGGGCAAGAAGGAGAACUGCAUGCUGGCCAAGGAAGCACUGGAGGUGAACAUUGCGAUCCCCCCAGCUGCGCAGAAAUCCAACCUGGUCAAAGUGAGUGGGCCCGCUGACAAUGUAGACAAUGCCGUGAGAGCCCUGAAGGCCAGGGUGGACGAGCUACGUCUCUCUGAGGAAGACAGGCUGCAAGAGAUUGACGAGACGGCUGAGUUGCAGCAGUACACCAGCCCAGCCGCCAGGCCGAUUCCCAGCAGACCAAGGCCAACAGCCCUGGGUUUGUUGUGCGUGAUGCCCCCUGGAGCAAGCCCCCAGACACUACCAACACCAUGGACUUCCCCAGCAUCGGUGCCAGCAGCAGCGGCGCUGGUCCCAAGCCUGCCGCCAGCUUGGCUGCAUCCUGGGGAGCCUGGAAAUGCUAAAUCCCAGGUAUCUNGCGAACUGUUACGUUUGUUCUUUUUCUCUCUGUUGACUGCAGACGGUGACGUGGUCCUGAAUGGCGACAACAACAGCGACGUCAGUGAAGACGACAAGCCCAAGAAAUGUGACAUCAUCCUCAUCACGGGCAAGAAUGAGAACUGCAUGCUGGCCAAGGAAGCACUGGAGAAACUUGUCCCUGUGACUGAGGAGGUCGAGGUGCCGUUUGACUACCAUCGCUUUGUCAUCGGCCAGAAAGGUGCCGGCAUCCGACGCAUGAUGGAAGACUAUGACGUGAACAUUGCGAUCCCCCCAGCUGCGCAGAAAUCCAACCUGGUCAAAGUGAGUGGGCCCGCUGACAAUGUAGACAAUGCGGUGAGAGCCCUGAAGGCCAGGGUGGACGAGCUACGUCUCUCUGAGGAAGACAGGCGCCUGCAAAACUUCUCGGUGAGCAUCGAUGUGGACGCCAAGCACUAUCCCAAGAUCAUCGGUCGCAAGGGCGCCAUCAUCUCCAAGAUCAAGGACGACCACAAGGUCAAGAGCAUCCAGUUUGCCGACCGCAAUGCCGCCAACCCCAACCUCAUCACUGUGGUGGGCUAUGAGAAGAACGCCCUGGCUGCCCGGGACGCCAUCAUGGACAUCGUUCACAACUUGGAGGACCAGACCACAGUGGAGCUGGACAUUGACCACCGCAUCCACAGUCGGCUGAUCGGCACCAAGGGCCGGGCCAUCAGCAAGGUCAUGGACCUCUACAAGGUGGACAUCCGGUUCCCUCGCUCCACCGACGCCAACCUGGACCUGGUCACCAUCACGGGGCUGGAGGAGAACAUCGAGGAGUGUCGGGAGUACCUGCUCAACCUGGAGGAAGAAUACCUACAAGAGAUCGACGAGACGGCUGAGUUGCAGCAGUACACCAAGCCGCCCAGCCGCCAGGCCGAUUCCCAGCAGACCAAGGCCAACAGCCCCGGGUUUGUUGUGCGCGAUGCCCCCUGGAGCAAGCCCCCAGACACUACCAACACCAUGGACUUCCCCAGCAUCGGUGCCGGCAGCAGCGGCGCUGGUCCCAAGCCUGCCGCCAGCUCGGCUGCAUCCUGGGGAGCCUGGAAACGCUAAAUCCCAGGUAUCCGAGUACCCAGGUACCCAGUUCGCCCAUGCACCUCAUAAUGAUGGACAAGGUUGUCGGUAGGCUCAAGAACACCCUUGAAGCACACUCUGCAUGCCCGUUUAUACCUUAAUGCAACAGGCAACCCCAUGAGUAGUGAAUCUCUGUGCUGCUGCCAUCGUUUUUCGUUUUAGAUUUCAUUUACUCCUCAUGGAUUUCAGACUCCUCUCUCCGGGUUGUUGUAGGCUUUUCAUUUCUUGUCAAUUUCUUCUGGCCAAAGCCGUAUCCCAUUAGGUUCCUUUUGUUAAAAGCUUCACGUCUUAUGGACACAAAUUCUACACGGGUGAAGUUGGAGAUUUGUAGGAUUCUUGGAUUAUACAAGGGAUGUAGAGAUCCUGCUCAUUUCAAUUGACUGCCACAAGCACAUUCCUCUCCACCUGACUCGGGUGUAAUAGAGUAGAUCCCUGUAUUCCAACAGAUCAUGUGGCGCACCUUCAGAAGUUGGAAACUCCCGCCCCCCCAAAAAACCCCACCAAACCUUCACAAAUGAACUGUUAGUGACAGCCCGUUGGGUGCAGUGAUAUUGAUUCCGCACUUUUCGUGCACUGGUAUCGAUCUCCCCCAGAUGGAAGACGAUCAGGCGUGCCGUCCUUGCAAACUGCAUCCAAUGGAGCUGAAGAGUCGGACCUUGAAAGUGAAGAAAGAAAACCUGCCCGUAGUUGUCUGAUCAUUUUUAUGCAGACCCCUUCCUGUUGCAUUAUCUUAAAAAAAAAAAAAAACAAAGCAGCUUUUCUUGAAUAAAACUCUAUGCACUAAAUUCAUUGUUCAGAAGCAAAUACGUAAACCAUAGCAAUGGCAAGGUCUAUUAUACGUGUAGAUUUGCAGUGGAAGCUUAGCUGCAGAAUGAAACGAGAGGUCACAGACAGGUCGAGGCAAAGACAACAAUUAUGGAGAACAGAAAAUGACGUUAACUGCAAUAUUUUGGCAAAUCGUUUACCUUUCUUCUACGAAACAUUCCAUGUACUUCAAUUUUUUGGACUAUCUUGUUGGCCUUCUUAUUUGUACCGUAGUAGUUGAAAUAUGAAAUACAUUUGAGAGUUUCUGGAUGCAAGGAAAUAAUGUGGGAGGUAACCGUUUUCCUGUAGCUCAAUUACUGGUCUUUGCAAGAUUAUUUUUGGAAGGGCAGCGAUGUUGCUUGAAACAUCAAGAAAAAGGCAUGUGUGUAGAAAGAACCUUUGUCUAUAGAAGUUUUAGUGUGGUUUUUUUAACAACUCUGAUUUUCCAAAUGCGAGGAUUUUUUCCCCUUUUUUAUUUUCCAGUUAUUUUGGUGGUGUUUAUGCAGGAUUUGAUAUUGAAGAAUUUGUGGGUCAAGAUACCGCAGGUUUGUGAAAAGGGAAGAAUGCAAAAUGAAACAAGUUGGGAAUCGAGGUUUUACCGGGAGGUAACCCCCUAAAAAGGAAAGUCCUGUCAAACUCUCUACAGAUUUUGAGGUAAACUUCAAGUCAGUGCCUGUUUAGUUUUGCAUUUUCCCCCAAGUGCAUUGGACGAGAUCCGCGCUUCGGUUGAAAAUUAGGAUCAAAACAUACGCGUGGUUUGAUCUUGAAUUUGUGACAGGCACUGCAGGAAGUCUGGGUCAGACCCGAGGAAGAAACUUGAAUUUUUUUUCUGGAAGUGUUUUGAGAUGAUCUGGACUCUGCAUCGAUUGAUUUCAGUUGAGAAAGAUAGUACAACAUUCCUCAGUGCUUACAUCUUGAUCGCCUCGUCCCGGGAUUGAUAACCAUACCUCUGUCAUGAAAUACAGCAUUAGAUCUAGUAUCCAAAGUGUGUGCUUCAUGUAUGUCAUAUACAUUUGUAAUUACAAUUAAUGACCUUUUUUUCUUUUUUUAAAAUUUGUAUUACCUAAAUGCACCUGUGUAUUAAACUAAACUCAAGAAAAGGAAGAAAAAAAAUUAAUGUUGGCAGCACCGUAGUAGAAUAGAUCUACCAGCCCAUGUUUAAGGUCGCGUUUCCGUUUCACUUUCAUUGCCAUGAUUAUUUUUCUCUCUGUUGCUGUUAUUUUUGCUUUGUAGGUAUUGCAUUUGUGUUGUCUUAAGGCGUUUCCUUUGGUUUUAAGUUCAGAAAAAUUGGUUAGUAUUCAGAGGUACAAUUUUGUUCGUUUUCAUUUGUGAGUUUUCUUCUUCAGUUUGAUCAGUAAUAAUAUAUCACAUAUCGAACGUAUAUUAUAUUGUAUAUGUUUAUUUUUCUGAAAAUUACCGACACUAUUUUGGUUGAAUCUCAAGGUAGGUUUAUCUUAAUUAGCGAGGUAGGUUUAAAUGAACUGGAGGGGAUUCCAGUCGUCUGACUUUGAAGUUGACUGCGUGGCCAUGCUCCUCCCAAUGCAAUGUAGUCGUGAAUUAAACUUACAUGUACACUUUACCCAAUCACACUGUAUUUUUAAAAUGCAGUAUUUGUUCUAAAAAUGUGGAAAUGGAGGCAUAUUGUAUUUUUUGGUUGCCACACCAUUGACAAUAAGGUGUGUAUCUCAGCGAUGAUAUGAACAGUUAAGGCAUUAUUUCUGUGGGUUUAAUUCACUGAAGUUUUCUUAAAUCCAGGAUGAAUACGAUAAGUAUUACACUGCCCGUAAGAUUGCUUAUAAAUCAUUUAAUCAUAGACUACGCAGUGUUCUGUUAGGAGUUCAGAUCGAGAGAAUAUUGUCAGCACCGACUAUUUUGUCUCGGUUGAUAAAAAUGUGAAGAAAUUUUGAAAAUGUGAUAAUAAAAGUUAAAUUGGAGAAUUUUGUUGUGCACGUCACAAAAGGCAAUGGACUUGGAUGAUGUACUAGGUUUGUAAUAUUCCAAAGAUUAUUGUUAUGUGCCAAGUUGCUUAUGAAUUGGGAACUGGUCAGUUCUAAAAUGAAAAAAAAUUGCAACUAAAAAGUAAUAAACUAUUCAACUUAUAUUCUAAAUG